CGAGCCGGCGAGGAGAGCAGCCGCCAUGCGGGAGUGCAUAUCAGUCCACGUGGGUCAAGCAGGAGUUCAGAUUGGCAAUGCCUGCUGGGAGCUCUUCUGUCUGGAACAUGGCAUCCAGGCAGAUGGCACCUUUGGUGUCCAGGCCAACAAGGUCAACGACGAUGACUCAUUCACCACCUUUUUCAGUGAAACUGGCAAUGGGAAACAUGUGCCUCGGGCUGUCAUGGUAGAUCUGGAGCCUACUGUAGUAGAUGAAGUUCGGGCAGGAACCUACCGUCAGCUCUUCCAUCCAGAGCAAUUGAUCACAGGGAAGGAGGAUGCAGCUAACAACUAUGCCCGGGGCCACUACACAGUGGGCAAGGAGAGCAUCGACCUGGUGCUGGACCGCAUACGGAAGCUGACAGAUGCCUGCUCUGGAUUGCAGGGCUUUCUGAUCUUCCACAGUUUUGGAGGGGGCACUGGCUCUGGCUUCACCUCUCUGCUGAUGGAACGACUCUCCCUAGAUUAUGGCAAGAAGUCCAAGCUAGAGUUUGCUAUCUACCCAGCCCCUCAGGUCUCUACUGCAGUGGUGGAGCCCUACAACUCCAUUCUGACCACCCACACCACACUGGAACAUUCAGAUUGUGCUUUUAUGGUGGACAAUGAAGCCAUCUACGACAUCUGCCGCAGGAACUUAGACAUCGAGCGCCCCACCUAUACCAACCUCAAUCGCCUCAUCAGCCAGAUUGUGUCCUCCAUCACUGCCUCUCUCCGCUUUGAUGGGGCCCUUAAUGUGGACCUCACUGAGUUCCAGACCAACCUGGUGCCCUACCCCCGCAUCCACUUCCCACUGGUCACUUAUGCACCCAUUAUAUCUGCUGAGAAAGCCUAUCAUGAACAACUCUCUGUGGCUGAGAUAACCAGCUCCUGCUUUGAGCCCAACAGCCAGAUGGUGAAGUGUGACCCAAGACAUGGGAAGUACAUGGCCUGCUGCAUGCUCUACCGGGGGGACGUGGUACCUAAGGAUGUGAAUGUCGCUAUUGCCGCCAUCAAGACCAAGAGGACUAUUCAGUUUGUAGAUUGGUGUCCCACAGGCUUUAAGGUGGGCAUCAACUAUCAGCCACCCACUGUGGUGCCAGGAGGGGACCUGGCCAAAGUCCAGCGGGCUGUUUGCAUGCUGAGCAACACAACUGCAAUUGCGGAGGCCUGGGCCCGCCUGGACCACAAGUUUGACCUCAUGUAUGCCAAGCGGGCCUUUGUGCACUGGUAUGUUGGAGAGGGAAUGGAAGAAGGAGAAUUUUCUGAGGCCAGGGAGGACCUGGCUGCUCUGGAGAAGGAUUAUGAAGAAGUGGGGACUGAUUCAUUUGAAGAAGAAAAUGAAGGGGAGGAGUUUUAAAUAUAACACUUUCCCCUUGGCUGUGUCUCUUUUUUAAUGCUUCUCCACUCAAAGCACAUUUAACUAUUCCAAGAAUAAUAGACUACACUCCUAAGCCCAGCCUAAUUUCUAUUUUCCAUUGGAAGAGGCAUCUGACACCAGUGCCUGGGUGAAAAUCGAGGCUAAGCUGUUCAGACCCUCCCUUGGGUAAAAGUAGCUUUGUGCCACUAAAAAAAAAGAGAGUCACUGUCUCUAGGUUAGGGUGAAGUAGGUUACGUGUUGUGAAGAGGCCUAAUCAGGAUUUUAAAUGCUUAAUUAGUCUGGGCCCACCCCCAAAUGCAGCCUACUGUCUGUGGAGGGAUCUGAGCAUUGGAAGAUUCCAGGAAGAGAGUGGCACUUUAAGAGAGUAAGAAGACAGACACAUUUCUUGCCCUUGUAAAAACACAAAUAAAUGAAUGAGAUAAUUCAGGUAGUGUUAACUGAUAUAAAGUUUAAAAAAAAAAACGUGAUGAGGGAAAAAGUGUCUGGGAGUGCUCCUUUAACCUGGGUGGUCAGAAAAGGCCCCUUGGAGACCUGAGCAACAGAAGAGAGCAUCAUUUGAAAUUCUGGAGUUAGAGAAUGCUGGACAUAGAGCAAAACACAGAUGUGGGAACACGCUUAUUGUGAGAUGGAGAUGAGAUCCGAGAACCAAGCUGGGGCCAGAGCGUACUUAGUCUAUACACCAUAGUAAGGAGUUCAGAUUUUUCUCUAAGUGAAAAAAAAAAAAUUUGGAAGGUUUAAAGCAGGAUAUAAUAUACUUUAUAUAUGUACAUAUCUUAUCUCUAAUUCUCCCAAUAAUCUCAAAUGGAUAUUCUGCUCAUUUUAUAGAUGAAGAAACUGGGGUUUACAGAGUUGAUAUAUUGCACAAAGUAAGAAGAGCUCAGAGAGCAGGGACUACUAAUUCUAUUCUCUUUUGUCUACCCUACACUGUUUCUAUGCCUUGGUAUCUGUGUCCAGGUUUCAAUUGCUGUUUCAUAGAAUGAUGGAUGGAGGAGAAAUAAAAGUCUAUAAUACUUACAAAAGAGAGGAUGAAUUAAUGCAUCUUUUCCCUGAAGUUGGCAGCUCUGGUAGGAUUUUAGGAAAAUCAAAAAACUGUUCUGAUGAAGCUACUAUUGAUAAAAUACCCAGGGUUGGGACCAUAGUAGGUCCCUGUGUUUUAAAUGUAAAUUUUGUUAAUUAUUGAUUUCCCCUAAUUUUUAUUGUAUAUUCCUUGGAAGCCCUGGGAAAAAUAGAAUAAAAUGGUCCAAGAAAAGGGAGUUUAGGUAAGAAGUAAUGCUAAUCACUGUUAGAAGACUGUUUUCAGAAAGCACACUUUCUUGCUCUUCUAUGAAGGAGAUAAUGGGGCAAAAAAAAAAAAAAAAAAAAGGUCCAGAUCUCCUGUCCAUUCUGACCUCCCUUACCUGAGAUCAUUCCUGCACCAAGUCCCAUAGGUACCUGCAUAGACAAAUUUAUUAGAAAAUUGUAUUACAGAAUUAGAGUCAGGAACUCAAGAAAGGGCAUAUUCCCUCUUGAUUGGAAGUUGAGAGACCUACCUAUGGAUUUCUGAUAAGCCUUGAAUGACUUCCUUGGUGUAUAACUAUGACCUAACUAGGGAGAAGAUAACACAACUUCAAGGCCAGGUUUAGGGCUGUGAUAAAUCACUUAUGGUAGGUUCCUUUCCUUUAGACUAAUGUAAAUUAGUUUAAAUUAACAGGAAUGGCAAAGUCAUGUUUAAGAGGUAUGAAUAAAGGGGGAUAGGGCUGCAAGGAAGUUUGAGGGAUGAUAUAUAAAAGCUUUGGAUGUAUUUUCCCCAGUUUCUCUUCCAUUUUUCUUCAUUUGGUUAAGUCCUUGCCCAAUCGUGGGGUUGUGUACCUCCAGCCCUGCUCAGCUCUGGUCAUGAAGUAGGAUAUUGAAUUUUAGAGCCGAAGUUAGAUGUCCCUACAAAGAGGGUACAUAGGAGAGUGGGUGAUUCUGUACCAUUCCCUGAGAUAGGAACCAUGAUUAUUCUUUCUCUAGUAGGGGAUUAGAAAGAGGCUUCUUAAGACUGUAAAGCAAGUUUGGCAGAUGCUAGAUAAGAGAAUUGUGUUUGUUUACUGCACUGGGUCUGGAUUAUCCAGGCUCUUCAAUCCCAACACCAGUUCUUAGGGAUCCCAAGUCAUUCUCACUUAUCCCCCACAAAAGUCAUUUUUACCUUUUAAAUACUUUAUCCCAGGAAUUAGGAGUCCAAAGUUAAUAUAAUAUUUAGUGAAAUUUCUUUAGUUUUAUACCAUACUUUCUCAAUUAUAGUUCUUUCUAGUUUGGCAGCGUGGAUAUUCAUAUGCAUUCCUCAUUCCUGGGUCCUGAAUUGUUAAAAUGGACAGACCUCCAAUCUUUUGACAGCAAUCAGCUUAAGUUCCAAAAUGAGCCUACUAAGGAAAAGAUAAUAUGUUUAUUUUCUCGAAACUGCUAAUUCUAUCAGCAAUUAGAUCUGCAUUUAACUUUUCCCUAAAACAAAAUUGUCACUGGUCCCACUAUUCUGAGUUGUUAAGGGCCACUGAGUGAAUCUCAGUGGACUCACCUUUCCUAUUAUAAUGCAAAUCUACUAAGGGAUUGAAAAUUUAUGUUGUGAGUCUAAACUGUCUACAUUAAAAAACUAGUUUUAAAAAACAGAAUUUAUGCACUGAAAAAUACAGCACAACCAAGUGGGACUUAUUCCAGGAAUUCAACCAUAGUUCAAUAUUAGGAAUUCCAUCAGUCUUAAAGCCUGCAUCUUAAUGGGAAAACAUUAGAGGCAUUUUACUAAGUUCAAGGACAAGGCAGGGAUGCUGGAUGCUUAGGACCUCCACUACUAUUUAAAUUGUAUUAGAAGUAUUAGCUAAUGUAUUCAGAUAAGGGAAAAUAGAAGAAUAAUAGUUGCAAAUGAAGAAAUGAAACUAUUUCUAUUUGUUGAUGAUAUGGGGGUACAUUUGGACAACCCUAUUCUAUAGGACCAACUUAGACAAUAUAUUAAUUAAUAGUCUUGAUUUCACAAAUACGAUAAUUGGUUAGUGGAAAAAGAAACCUCCAUUGACAACAGAAAUAAAAAGAGAAAUACUUAGAAAUAACAAUUUAGUAAUGUUUAGCAGCCUUUAUGAGAAAAUUUCAGACUCAAAGACAUAAAAAUAGGCUUGAGCAAAUUUAAAGACAUUCCUUAUUAUUGGAUGGUAACUAUCAACAAAAUAAACAUAUUAUUCUCCCUAAGUUCAUUUACAAAUUUAAUGUAAUCCAAUAAAAAUGCCCAUUUUUUGCUUAUUACUUUUUCUUAAAAAAACUUUAUUGUGAGAUAGAGAUUUACAGGAAGUUGCAAAAAUGGUACAGAGAGGUUUACUCAGUUUCCUCCAACAAUUAUAUUUUACAUAAUAUCAAAUUCAGGAAAUUGACAUUGAUACCAUUUGUGAGCAUAUCUCUGUGCCAUUUUAUCACAUGUGUAGAUUUGUGUAAUUACCGCUCCAGUCAGGAUAAGGAACUGUUCUAUCACUACAAAGAUCUCUCUCCUGCUACCCCCUUUAUUCCUACUCAUCCUACCCCCCCAACCCUUAAACACUGGCAAUCACUAAUUUGUUUCCCAUCUCCAUAGCAUAGUUACCUUGAAAAUGUUAUACAGUUGGAGUUAUAUAGUAUAUAAGUUUACCGCUAUUUCUAGUUCUUUAAGAGUUUUAAAUAAUAAAUAGGAGUUGAAUUUUGUUAAA